CGGCGUCUGGAGCUGCCUGCCUGCUCACCGAGUCCUGCGCGUCCCGGCGUCUCCAAAGCAAGACCCCCGGAAAAAAAAAACAAAACAAAAAAAAAAAAAACAAUAAAAUCCCAGGGAAAGACAGAGGACGACAGCGGCUCACAUGGGAGAUCCACGCAGCGUUUUCUCAACCCCCGCACGCCGCGCCAUGGCUCAUAUAUGAGGAGGACACUUUGGAAAGUGGAGGUAAACAAGCGGUGAGAAGCGCACGAGAGCCCGCAGCGGCCCCUCACAUCUCCGCCACAGCGCAGCGGGGAGAGGAUGACAGUGUUUCCCACGCAGGAGACCAGAAUCUAACAUCCACCUUCCGGACGCGGAGCGGCUCAGUGCGGCUUUUUAAAAAAGUUGCCUGGAGAACAUGGACAUCUGACGUGCGCCUCUCAGCGUCAUUGGACACGUUUGAACCCCCCCCCCCCUUUUUUUUCUUUGCUACCCAUCAAGUCCUGGUCGGACUAAUCUCCUGCGCUUUCGGUUUGGAAGUAACAAUAAGUGUUGGGCUUUGUCACUUGCCCUGACACUCAGGCUACACCCAGAGGAUCAGUGCGUGCACGAGGAGGAGGAGGAGGGGUGGUGGUGUGUGUUGGGGGGAGAAGACACUGUAACGCCACAGAAGACUCCCUGCCUGUUGUUCUGCGCAUUUGUGGUGCUGAUCUCACUGUUUGUGCGCCGGGGAGGGGGUGGGGGGGAAGAACGAUUCUGUCACGGAUUUCUCCGAGCUGCCAUCCUGCAACAAACUCAACCUUAUGAUUCAUCUGGACCACUCUGCCCCGCGCGAGAGAGACAAAAAACACAGCGACGCCUUGUUGUCUCUCUGUCACUUCCCAUUGCUGUCACUCUGAACAAGUGUCACCUUAACUGUCCCGUUGAAUGAACACGGUYGCCUCUUCCCUCCACCUUUCUGUUACAUUUGCUCCACGUUCAUAAAGCUGCCACAGAAACGCGCGGCCACAUGUGACUGAGACUCGUCACCUGUCCGGCUCGAAGCGCCCGUUGACUAAAACCCGACUGACCCGACUGAUAAGGAGGAAUACGAAGUUUUGCCGUAGUGAUGCUGCAUGUGGAAAUGGUCCUCUUCAUCUGCCUGGUGCUGUUGAUGUGCGUAUUCAGCCAGGAGCCCGGAUCCAAAGUGGUGGCCGACCGCUACGCCGUCUUCUGGAACCGCACCAACGCCAAGUUCCAUCGUGGGGACUACCAUAUUGACGUGUGCAUAAAUGACUACCUGGAUGUCUACUGCCCUCAUUAUGAAGACUCUGUGCCUGAAGAGCGGACAGAGCGCUACGUCCUCUACAUGGUCAACUACGAUGGCUACAGCACGUGUGACCACACCGCCAAGGGCUUUAAGCGCUGGGAGUGCAACAGACCCCACUCCCCAAAUGGACCGCUGAAGUUUUCCGAGAAGUUUCAGCUCUUCACGCCGUUCUCCUUGGGCUUUGAAUUCAGACCAGGCAGAGAGUACUACUACAUCUCCUCCACCAUCGCUGAGAACGGGAGGAAAACAUGCCUGAAGCUAAAAGUUUUCGUCCGACCAUCAAACGGCUGUGUGAAAACUAUAGGCGUUCAUGACCGUGUUUUUGAUGUAGACAACAAAGUAGACAAUUCAGAAGAAUUACGAGAUGGAAUUAGCCAUGAAACAGCUGCCCCUUCUCGGAGUGAAACAAAUGCUGCACCAGACCUGCAGAAGACGAAUCCUCUGCUUGCUUUGUUGCUGCUUACCCUAGCAGCACUAUUCACUUUAUAGCGCCUCCCUCUGUGCCGGAGGUCAUUUACACCUAGCGUGGCCUGAAUCUACCCUAAAGGCUGCAGGGUAGGGGGAGGGUGGGGCGGGGAUUUGGGUGAAUCACAUUUGCUUGAUWGGGCAUAAAGUAGGCUUCUCAAGAAACCCUCUAUUUUUUUUCUGAAAAAAUAAGUGGUCUUUCUCCUUCUGUGAGUGAAAAAAAAGUUGAUGUUACAAACRGGCGAGAGUGUUUCCCUCUCUUCAAUGUUCGACUAAGAUGCCAAAUCCCGUCUUUUUUGAAUUUUUCUUUUACACUUAGUGAUUUUUAAUUUCUGUUGUGACAUCAUUUCGCAUCAUAUUUAUGUCAUUGCUGCACUGAUGUUCAUGUUCAGAAACUUAUAGUGUUACAACAGCGUUACAACAUUACAGACUCAAACAAAAGUAGCAGUAGAGUUUUUACAAAGUCRUACCAGUGUAUAUUGGGAAGGUGAAGACUCUAGGUCUUAUACAUGACUGUACAUACAGCAUUCACAAACAUAAUGUUGUUUUGUGGCGUCACCAUUCAAGUGAUGCAGGGGUUAGAUUUUUGCGCUUCUAAGUUAUUUAAAAAUUUAGUUGAAAACUGUAAAAAAAAUAUAGAACAUAGGAGCAAUGGUUUUUCAGUGAGACAGCACUGAGCAACAUGUAGAGUGUGUCGCACAUUGUAGYCCACUGAUUUUCAGACUCUUGGUGCAAAAGAAAGCAGCCAGUUUCUCCUAAAUAUAAAGGAGUGGAAUGUCAUGUAAAAGCGAAGGCCUUCAGUGAGCUAARGCAAAACCCAUGGAAUCAGUAGGUGACUUGUUUGUGAGGAACAUGUCGGUUUGCCCAACAAAAACAUCCCUCAAARCAUUUGGUUUACUCCCACUCACGAAACUGAGUCGAAACUUUCUCACCAGACACUUUGACUGCUGUUAAGAUCGAGAAUCAAUAUCUUUUUGAAAGUUGAUAACCCAAUUUCACGGCAGCAGUCACAGGCAUUUAUGCAAUGUUUACUGAGCUGGGCAGCAAUUGUUUUCUCUGUUCCAGCCGAGCAUUAGUCAAUAUUAACACUCCCAUAAACAUUUGCAUCCACAGCUAUUUAUUUCCCUGGCUAUUGAUUCUUAAAACGAGCGCUUAAAAAUGUUUCACAGCUAAAACUGGACUUGUUCUUUUCCUUUUUUUUUCCUAAACGAUCAAGCUGUGCCAGUGGUAUCAUCAAACAUUGCCUUUAACUAUGCAGACAAUAAAAGACUUAGUUUUUAAAUUCAAUUUAAUGAAAACAGUGACACUGAUCAGGGGAGAGUGCUUGAAAGGAUAGUCAAUUUCACAGUGCCAUGCCUUUUUUUUUAUCACAUGCCCUUUACCAUAAUCGCAGCUUAGAAAUGUGAUAAAUGCUUGUUAGAUGCACAACACUUUCAGAUUGUUGUGACAGGUCUUAUACAUGGUUGCAAUUAGUCAAAAAUCACACUGUGUAAACAUGAAAACUAUUAAAUUCAAGGCAGCUUUGUUCGUGGGGUUCAGGUUUCUGUUCACACUUUAAUGCAAAGUAACGAUGCGCAGCGGCGAUAUUUAGCUUCUUCCAAUUCCCAUUAAUGCACACACCGAGUUUGCAUAAUAGAUGGACUGUUUCCAGUAUCAUCAAAUAGCAAACCUAACACGGCUGAAGUUAACUUCAUUCGGAGCCGCGGGUGUGGGAGGCAGGUCAWCAAAUGGCUUAGGAAGAUAGACAGAAUGAGAGAAGUGGAGCAAGAAAAGGAACACAGGAGCAAUUGCACACCCACCUUAUGCUCCUAAUGUUACUGCUUUAAGUSACUCUUUAAUGAGGUUCAAAAUGACAGGCAUGUGGACCCCAUGUUGAAGCAGGGGGGGGGAGUUAUUUCUGGAAUUAAAAAUAGAUGGUGGAAGGCUUCAUAUGAAGGGGACGUCUCAGGAGACUGGGUGUAGAUUUUCACUGUGGUGGGGGGGUUCGAAAGCACCAAUGACGUUACGGAAUCGGUGAGUGAAGGAGACAGAAAGACACAAAUUUAAGCAUAAACGUUAGCUGAAGGUAGUGCGAUUAGUGCCUAACAAAACAACUCAAGACAAAACAAGUGGAAAUCCAUGCAACACAACAGGAUAAAACAUGCCAUCUAGUACCAUUCAGUCUCAAAGGCAUGCUCCAUUCUGUUUUUUUAUUUUUUUUUUUUCAUUUUUGUAGCCAUCUUUGUUUUCUAUUUGUUGUGUAAUUUUUAUUUUAUAAAAAUAGCCUUUGCCUUUGGUCAAUUUUUUGUACUACGGCAACAUUGCUAUUACAGCAGAAUAGCAGAUCGACUAUGAGAGGUAAUAGAAGACGAGACCAUUUAAUGAGGUACUAAUUUUUAGAGUCUCAACAUGGGGAACGAGCGCUGCAUACGACUCAAGAUGAACGCCCAUCAGCAAAUUAGCACUAGACUUUUCAACAGAAACCAGCUUCAGCUACACUUUCUUACAAUAAUCAAUGCUAUUUGUUAUUAUUGCUGUCAUUGUAAUGAUUUAUACUGCACACACCUUAACCUGGGAAAAUAAGGAUCAACACAAAUACUGGAUACUGUGUAUCCUGAGGUAGUCAACCAUAAAACGUAGUGUUAGGUUAGUAUCUGUUUUGUACCUUUCUGGAGGACAAAAAAAAAAAAAAGCAAACAAAAAAAAACAAUAAUUCAUUGUUAAACCCUAUAAUUAUUAUUAUUGUUAUGAUGAUAAUGAUUAUGACUAUUAUUAUUAUGAUUAUUAAUAUUAUUAGGAAUACUUCUUGAUGUAAAUAGUGUUUGAUAUUAAAGUAUUAAUUUGGUUCUUAUGUCUUUUCUAAAAAAAAUGAAUAUCGUAUUAUCUCUGGGUUUUGCGGAGUGUGUACUGUUCUAAAACAACGCAUUGUGUGCUUUAAUCCUCAAUGCCUAAAGAGACUGAGUUGACACAAAAGGGGAAAUCUGCUGGAGCUGUACACGUUGGUGUACAGAAAGCUGGACAGUAGCCAACAAGAGGCUCACCUUUUACAUGUUUCAAAACAGUCAGCAACCUUCACCAUCUCUUCAUACGAGGACCCUGCCUUGGAAAGAAACACUUGGGACUUAAUUGAUGACCUAUUUGUAUUUUUUUCUUUUCUUUUUUGCCUUUCUGGGGUUGGAGAGCAUGUUAUUCAGCUCAAAGAUCAUCUUUGAGAGGACCGUUGGCGUUUUAAUCAAAGGGUCUCACCAGAUUCAUUAUGUGGCAUGCGCAUGAACUUAACAUGUAUAAAAAAAAUCAAAAAGAAAAAAAAAUCCAAAAUUUUUAUUAAUUUCUUUCCUGUUUUACUUCCAAGAUAUUAGAUUUAUUGAUCACUGUCAUGUUGUGUGUUUUCCUUUUUUUUUCUUUAUUUAAAUUCUUUUUGCAUCCCCAUUUGAGUGAAGUCAAACUGUGUUUCCUACACACGACAAAUGUACAUAACACAAGCCAUUGUUGUGAUGUUCUAGUACGUUCAGUCAUUUUAUAGUUCAAAAGCAACUUCUUUAUUUUUCUAAAAUCUCUGUACCCAUCUACGGUAUUCGCCCCAUGUCUCCUCAGCCUAUUCACUCUCUUUUUAGCGCUCCAGAGAGGAGGAGUUUGAGUGGAUACAUCAAUGUGGACUUUUUUCAGUGUGGAUAAAAAAUGUGUGAGCCCUAUAGGUUUGAGUGUGUAUGUGUGUGUGUGUGUGUGUGUGUCAUUUGCUGUUGCUGUAGUAAAUGGGAAGCAGCAACCCUCUUUGGCAGCAAAGAGUGUUUCCCAUGCCUUAGCCCUUCAGCCUCUGCCCUGGCAGCCCCGUCCGUGUUCGAGACGCUUUCUGCCAUUGUGCUUUUACAUGGAGCAGCUGCUGGCGUCCAAGCGACUACAACAGGGCUCUUCUCUUUCUCUCCCUUUUUCUAACAACCCUGAAUCACUUUUUUCUUACGGUAGACAGUGGUCCUAGGCACAGUUCAAGGAUUAGCGCACCCCCCCAUCAAAUCCUGAACUGGUUUGUUAGCUGGGGGAAAAGCCUAUCAUCGAUCCUGGUUCUGUCCACAUGGGCAAAGCUUCUUUACUCUCCUGUUGCUGAUGAAACACUUGUUCAUUUCCCGUCUUGCCUCAUCCUCCCCCCUGUGCUUGUACAACCCCCACUUGUCCUUCCUCCUUCACCUUUGAACCCCACUCCUACUUUUCCAUCAGUGGGGAAUGUUUCCAACCUGCUCUUUUACAGUAUAUAAACAAGAACAUUUGAGAGGAAAAUGAUCUGUAUUUGUAUAUACACGUGUCUGAGCAACUAUGAGUACUACAAUAAAACAGAAAUACAUUGCUUUGAU